GUUUUGUAUGAUAUUUACUUAUUUCUAUUACUAUUUGUAUCUUUUAAUUAGAGUUAAAUUGUGUAAAGAUGUUCAAGAGACCAGUUAAAAUUAAUUUUCGAAAGAGAGAUGAGGAAAAAUCAUCCGAUGAAGAGGAGGAAGAAAUUAUUAUCUGUAGACCGAUUAAAAAGGUUUGUAUUGGUCGGACUGUCGGAAGAAAAAACAACGCAAAGGUUGAAUCGAGUUCUGAUUCUUAUGGAGAAGAAGAUAAAUCAUCAAUUUCUGUAUCAUAUUCUACCAGUAAGAAUAUUAUCCGUGAAGGACCUAAAGACAUGGGCGCAACAUCGGAGAGACAAAUCGACAGCGGAAAGGAAGGUGUUGCUAACAAAUCCAAAGGACCGAUGAAAGCUCCUUCCAAUAUAAGGCCAACAAUUCGAUGGGACUAUCAGCCUGAUAUUUGUAAAGAUUUUAAGGAGACGGGAUUUUGUGGUUUCGGUGAUUCGUGCAUUUUCUUGCAUGAUAGAACUGAUUAUAAAGCUGGUUGGCAAUUGUCUCCAUAGACAUUUAGUGUCAUCUUCUCUUCUUCUUCCAUUCUCUUCCUGUGGACGAAGUUAUUGACAACCAACAAUGGAAAUGAUCAAAUAUUUGUUUCAAGUUUUAUCUUCAUUGAACAGUGAAGAGCAACGUAAAUUUUUACAAUUCGUUACCGGAUCACCUCGACUUCCAGUUGGUGGAUUGAAAAGUUUAUCUCCUCCAUUGACGGUGGUUAGGAAAA